CUCACAAUGGGCUAGUAAUAAUGUCGUUCAAAUUUACCUUUGGCGAGAAUCGAACCUAAGACCUCUCACUUACAAAUGAAGAUGAAUAUCAUUAGACCGUAGUACGAAGUGGCACAGUCACAUUCUUAUUACAAUACUAUUUACAAUAUGUACUUAAUUAUUAUUAUUUUUGGAUAAGAUACGUUAUUAAUCAGCAAGAGAUAGUACAUAUGAUAGCAGAAGCCAGAAACCAUCCAUACACAAGUGAAUAUUAUAAAUCAAAGUUGCACUUAAGAAAAGAAUUAUCAUCAUGGAACAUAAAAUACAAAAAAAUGCAUUAGCAUCAACAUAUGACACAGUUUUAAAGGAGGGUUAAUGCUACAACCGUGUUAAGAAAAGUUAGAAAUUGCAUGGAAUAAAACUUAACACUAGUUGUUACGUUUUUUAAAAAAUAAAAAAGAAAACUGGUUUUUUUUCUUUUAAUUAUUUUCCAACGAUUUUCCAGCAUUGAUUAUUAAUUAAAGAGUGAAGAUUUUUCGGUUUUUCAAAACGACAAGAUAAAGAGUGGAGAUUUUCGCCAAAACAAGAAAUUGCAUGGAAUAAAAAAAUAAAUAAUUGAGAGAAUUUUGUCAACGAAAAAAAGGAAAGAGGGAAUUGAACCGACUCCAGCAAAAGAUCGCUAUAAAUUGGGAGUGCAUCCCUCCCUCUUGUAAAAUUCAAAAUCUUCGUCUGCUAACUUUCUCGUUGGCGUCUUACUUCUUAUUCUCUCUCAUAUCUCACGACUCCCUACCUCGAACCUGAUGGCUUCUGGCAAGCUUGUUGAUUACGAUCCAUUACGCGCUGUGUAUGUCAAUUAUCCACCAUCACAUGAAGAAACUGACUUGAGGAGGGAGGCUGCUGGUGAUAAUACUCAUAGGAGAAUUAGUGCUUCGCAGCAUUUCACAACUGCCAAGAGGACUACAGAGUCAAAUGAUGAAGUGACUUAUGUGGCUAGGAAAAAGGUGGUCUAUCGUGACUAUGGACCUCCUGGUGGCGGCGGUAUUUGGUCAAGACGAAAGGAGCGAAAGGAGUAUUUUGCGAAGCUUAGGGCUAAAGGAUUGCUCGAAAAUCUUGGGUUUAAAAUUUGCGAGGAACCUUUUGCUGAGAAAUAUGAAGCCAAGUAUACCGCUUGGUUGGAGUGUGCCAAGAAAAUUGUCAACAAAAGUGGACGUCAAGAAACUUGUGGGAUUUUGGAGACGUCGAUCGAAAGUAGUUCUUGAGGAGGGAGGCUGCUAGAUUACAUUAAUAAUAUAGUAUCAAACGAUACAUUUUUAUUAAUUUGAACUGGAAGGCUUGAUGUUUUGAGUUUGGUAGAUUUUGAAGAAUUAAUGUUGUCAAGAAUUUAUGGUUAGUUGAUAUUUGUUGUGUUGGCAAUGGCAUGGAAAACAAGUUUGUUUUGACA